ACGGCAGGGGCAGUUGGCGCAGGCGCGAGCCGCGGAAAGUGCCAGAAAGAGGAAAACAACAACAACAACAUCGUCGUCGUCGAGCGAGCGCAGUGCGGUUGACGCUGUUUUCUUUUACUUUUCAUUUAUCUACGGCUGGAAGGAUAUCGGGAUUAUUUAGCGAGUUCUCUGUUUGGUUUUGUCUUCCCCCACCCUCCCCGUUGUCCGUGUUUGUUUUUGAGUUCGUCGCGUUCCUUCUCCGGUUUAGGCCUCAGGCCUCGGCCUUCUCCUUUUCCACAGCCCGGGGUUGUGAUGGCGGCAACGGGGUCGUUGAAGCGGGCUCGCUGGCAGGAAGAGGAGACGCUGGCUUCCUACCGCAUGCUGUCCCUGCACCAGAUGUUCGAGCUGGUGGGCUCGCAGCUCAGCCGGGCCGACGUCGAGGUGCUCUCAUUCCUUCUGGCCGAGGCCUACCCGCUGGACCGGGCGCUACGGGCCGGUGGGGAGGAAGAAGAGGAGGAGAAGAUGGAGGAGGCUGCCGAGGGCGAUGCCAUCCUCGGCCCCCGCGCCCCGGCCUCGGCCUGGGACGAGCCCAGCUGCCGCAGUAGCGGCGUCCGCCUACUGUUCGAGCUAGAGCGGCGGGGCCUGUGUGACGAGACCAACUUCCGGCACCUGCUGCAGCUCCUCAGGGUCAUCAGCCGCCACGACCUGCUGCCCUACGUGGGCCGCAGUAGGGGCACAGCAGUGUCUCCUGAGAGGUGUACUUAUGAAGGUCCUAUGUCAAAAAUUGGAGAGCAGGUGGAAAGCUGUUUAAAUUCUGAGCAUGCUGUCUCAACACGGAGCGGUUGGGAGCCAGGUGCGUCUUUGACCAAACGGCAUGUGGCAACCCGUAGACGAGGUCGAGGUCCUGGUAAGCGGAGAGGGCGUAAGAGAAAUAUGCACCGUAACCAUGAAAGAGAGAAUCAGACUCCCUAUCAACAGAGAGCAACCUGUGACAUAAGACUACGAGUGCGAGCUGUAUAUUCUGAUCAGAAUACUGUGCUCCGAGGGAACGUAGUGUCUGUGAAACAGGACCCGCUGGACCGUUGUUUUGACCUCUUUGGGCAGGCGAAUACCAUCUUGAAAAGCCGGGACUUGGGAUCCAUCAUCUGUGACAUUAAGUUCUCUGAGCUCUCUUACCUGGAUGCCUUCUGGAAUGACUACAUCAAUGGUUCACUGCUGGAGGCUCUGAAAGGUGUAUUUAUAACUGAUUCACUGAAGCAAGCUGUGGGGCAAGAAGCGAUCCAACUGCUUGUCAAUGUAGAUGAAGAUGAUUAUGAAAAGGGCCGAAGAGUCCUUCAAAAUAUUUGUCCAUGAGAGAUAUAGUUGGAACUGAGAUAAUUGACUAUAUUAACUGUUAAGCUAAUUAGCUUCUUUAUAUGAAGUAAAAUAAAGAGAAGUAAUUAGCCCAUUAUGACAAACUCUCUUUUAUUCAGUCCCCUGUAGUUCUGGAUCAGGUGCUUGUGCCAUGCUGAUCUGGUGCUGCUGCGUCAGUGCAGAUACAAACAUUUCAUUCAGCAUUGGCAAUGCUUUGUAAAGACAACUUCUGUGGUUUAUUGCAACAAUAUUUUGUGUAUUUGUGGUAGGAAGUGCACAUGUUGAGCUAAGACUGCCCUCCCUAAUGGAAUUCCACGUAAAGUUCCUCUGUUUCUUCACUCCAGCAACCUGAUUGCACGAAGUUGGACAAGAUCGACGAAAAAUGUGGCUGUCUAGUUUUUAUUGCAGGUACCAAGUAGGAAGCCAGCUUACAACGUAACUGCCAAUCAUAUGGGCCUGAAUUUGCAGUGCUAACAAUGUUGAUUUGAUGUUUCUCGGACUGUUGGUGAUUCGAGUUGUUGUAAAAUGGAUUGUCUGUCUCAACACCAGAUCAGGUAACUUGAAAGCCAGGGAAGUCAUCUCUGGAUUGGUGGCUUAUAUAUAUUUCAAACUUAGUCACUUCUGGCAGUCCAGCAGUUAGCAUUUGUCUGUAUUUCUGAUGGCUAAAAAUUCGCUUUGUGUUUGGCUCCCAGUCCUUCCUAUUCUUCUUCCUUUCUCUUCAAAAUGUCAAUUCUUCCUGAUACAGCUUUACGCGUCCUAGUACCAUUUCCAUUCUUGUGAAGUUCUCACAUGAUGUCCACUUUCCAAUGCAAAUCAUUGGGUGAUGCUGGUGCUUGAACAUGAGCUAAUUUAGCAUGGUUGAGACCAUGCCCUGGGACAUGGUGGCUGUGUAUUUCCUGUGCCUUUGAUCUUCAAACUGCACAGAGGAUAGGAAUUCUAAUAUGGAUUUUUGUGCCACUUUAAUCUAGUCUUAAAUCCUCUGCCCAAAAGUAACUUUCAGAAUUUGAAUUAAUUGUACAUGUAGGCUCCCAAGCAUGAGACUAAUUGGAGGAGAUAAAAAAAAGUUUAAUCCUAAUAAAUUGAUCUGAUUUUAAUACCUGUUCUUGGGUUAUUAAGAAAAUGAACUGUACGUAACCUUUCAGGGGAUGGAGAGGAGAUGAUGUUCUUUUGUUCAAAUGUUGUGCUAUACUGAAUUAAAUGCCUAAAAUUUUGAACACUAGAAUGGACAGUCUUGAAACAAGAAUACAUGAUCUUUUUCCUGGCGUUUGAUUAAUGAAAACAAUUUCAGUUCACAUAAUUUGCUCAUUGGGAUUAAAUUUAUUUUAAAAAGCUAGAGAAGGGGAGACAUUAGUGCAGUAUACAAGCUUGUAUUUCUCCUGGGCUGUUUUGGAGCUUGAACAUUGGUGGCUGUGUUUAGUGUUGGAAGGUGGGCUACAGUUUAGGUUUGACUGAGAGUUGGGAAUAUGAUCUUAUUUCAGAUGCACCAAUUGCUGUAACCUCUGCAUCCACCUUGUGCGUUCUGUCUCCCUGGUCCCCCCCUUCCCGGUUCUGUGUGUUCCACCAACAUGAACUGGCUUCCAUACAAUGGACCAUGCCUAAAGAUGUCAACUUGUCAGGUGGUCAAUGGUACUGAUGCUUUUUGAAGGUAAUUCAAUAUUUGUAAAAACUGAGUCAAUUUGCGUGUAAUUUUAUCACCAAAUUAAUUCUCGAAGUUAUUUCACUGUUAGUGAAAUUCUGACAGCCCAGAAGGACAGAGGCGGAUUGGGCUUCAAUGAAAUGUCCACAAACUGAAAUCUUCUGCAAGAAGUGAUGGAGAAGGUACUUCAAUAACUCAUUAGGAUCUUGAUGUGCUAUGGCUAUGCACUUCAUCCAAGACUAAUCUGCACCACUGUAAAGCUACUGAGCAGAGGCAGACACUUCAAAAAGAAACUGGAAGCCGAGGUAUUCAUGAUUUUGCCUAUAAAGGUGAAAUGACUUGGACAAGAGUGAUCCUGUAGCUACAGAAUAUGGGCCAUGUCCUUUAAAUGUCUAGUAGCUGUUGGCUUUGCUCUGGCAUUGUCAUGUUGAAUUCUUACACCGAUGUGAGGAACUAGCUCAGCUCAAUAACUGCACAAGAAAACAUGCUGGUUUGGAACACCCCCGUUUGGUAACUAAGAGAUCUUGAGGCAUGUGCUUCUUCCUCUACCUGUUCAUGAAAUGUUACAAUAUUAUCCAUUAUUUUCGUGCAGUCAGAAUGUUGGUGUUUGUUGUAAAAACAUAUUGCAACAAACCUUUAUUCAGGAGCUUUGUGAAAUGGGUAAGAAUGUAAUGCUGGCUUCUUGAGGUUAAAUGACUUGUACUUUAGAUCAUUUUGAGGAUGGCAUCAGGUCUGAGAAAGAAGUAAGCAAGCAACGUUGGCUGACGUUGGGUCGUUAGUAAGUUGACUUUUCAAGUAGCUUGAUUCAGAGAAGCAUGAAGAAAUAUAAACUCUUUCACAGCCAGUCAAGAUAAGCUUAGCAGGAGGUCUAAAAAUUCUCUCUCCCUCUUGUUCAGCUAGUUGAGAGGCACUGCUCUCUUGACACUGCGUAUAUCUGUCUGGCUUGUGCGAGGCUGAUGGUGACAGUGGUGCACCUACCACUGCUCACUUCUAUGGCCAUAUGCUGUAGAUGAGUAGGUCCCUGCUAAAGAAAAUACCUUCAGCCAUCUUAGAAUGGCCAUUUACUGUGAAGGGUUUUUUUCCUGUUGCCCCAACACUCCUUUCUGCUCCCCAGCCCUCGUUUUGGCUACUUGAUUUAAAGAGAAUCUUAAUUUCCUUGUAAACUUGUGUGUAGCUAACACUUCUGUACAUCUAUUGGAAUACAGUGUAGCUGGAACAUGUUUUUCUUGGUGACUUUGGUGUCAUCUCUAGAUUGGAAAGUUUUCACUGAGGGCUAUACCCCCUCAUCACAGACAUUUGAGGCACCUUUUUGUAAAGCAUGUGUUCAAUAAAGAUUUUUCACAAAA